UAUAGAGUGGUUCAUAUAACAAAAGUAAGCGAGAAACCGGUACCUGAGAUCCGCCUGAGACACACGCAGCCCGCACUCCCAACAUGUCAGAUAUCGGUUCCGAAGACUUCGAGGAAGAGGCUGAACCCGAUCUUGGGGAGUAUGAAGGUGAUCGCAAUGAGGCCGGUGAGAGACACGGACAAGGCAAAGCCCGGUUACCAAAUGGGGACACAUAUGAAGGGCAAUAUGAGAACGGAAAAAGACACGGACAGGGAACAUAUAGAUUCAAAAAUGGUGCCCGUUACAUAGGGGAAUAUUACCAAAACAGGAAACACGGCACAGGAAUCUUUAUGUAUCCUGAUGGCUCCAAAUAUGAAGGUGAGUGGGUUGAUGACCAGCGACAAGGUCAAGGGGUUUACACUUACGCCAAUGGAGACACCUACAGUGGAGACUGGUUUUCCCACCAAAGACAUGGGCAAGGCCUGUAUACUUAUGCAGAUACAGGAUCCAAGUACAUGGGCACGUGGGCCAAUGGGAAACAGGAUGGCGCCGGAGAGCUUGUUCAUCUGAAUCAUCGAUACCAGGGAAAGUUUGCCAAUAACAGUCUUCUUGGACCAGGGAAGUACGUGUUUGACAUUGGCUGUGAGCAGCACGGCGCUUACAUACAGGCCGAGCAGGAAAAAGAGGAAGAUGAGGAGGAAGAGCCACUUUCAGUUCCUGUAACCAAAUGGAAAGCUGAUAAAAUUACUGAGCUCACCUACUGGACGCCGACUGAACAGAUCAAACCAUCUGACACAGCUUCAGUCCCACAGCCUGAACCCUCAGAGAUACCCUCUAAAAAUGCAGAACAUGAGUCUGCCAGUGCACCCGCCGAAGCUACCACCACAUCCCUUGAUGACGAGCAACAGGAACCAGAAGGGUCCAGGCAAGAAGAGGAUGGACUGGUCAAGGAAGAAGAGGAUGGACUGGUCAGGCAAGAAGAGGAUGGACUGGUCAGUCAACAGAUGGACCGACCAGCUGAGGAGGGUAAGAGUUGA